AGCGGUGAGCCAUUGGACCUACAAACUGCGCUCGGCCCCAAAGAUGAAUCAACCGGCCCACACCAAUCGGAAGCCGAAAUUCAUAUCCCGCAAAGGAAUACGCAGGAAGAGGUCAUAGCUACUGCUUCUGUAGAUCCAUUCAUCACGCUCUAUCUCGGCUCCACAACUGCAAUCUGCCACGGCAGCGUCUGGCCUCAACAGAUUGUCCCUGGAAGGUCCGGACGCUCAGUUAUCUGA